UUUAGUCACCCGAGACUGUAGACGUAUGUGCGCAGAGCAGUAAUACGCAGCACUCCGUCAUACGUUGGGUUACAACACAUUACUCUGUAUUUUGGAUACAAUUUGAUGAAACUCGUUGUGUGAAUUGAAACCGUUUACUUAUUGUGAAAGGCCGUGGGAUAUUACUAUGUUCUCGGCCUUGUGGAGUGGCGAGUGCAUCAGAGUCGCUGUCAAGUGUCUGUGUCAGCCUGAACGUCAAACUCUCGACAUCCAGCACCCAAAUUGACGGGUAUGUGAAGGAGCUGCGAUGGUGCGUCCCGUGAAGCCCGAAGCGGAACCCAGCUGAUCCCGGCAAGCGUCCCUAUGAUGAGCUCAUGGAUGGUCCUGCCCGCCUUCUUGCUAUGGGGGUGGGCGGCGGGCGGGGUCACACUUUCUCUGUCUUGUGGGCGUUGUGAAGGAGGACCUGACGGGUACACGUGCCCCAACUCAGAUAGUACCCAGGCGUAUGUGCUCAGGGCACUGCCAGAUCAGGUUCUCCGCGUGGAGUGUCGCAACAAUGGCUGGGACUUUUCGCUGCUGAAGAACUGUAAUUUCACCGCAUUCAGACAGUUUGAGUUUCAGAGAUGCCCGCUGCCCGACGUGUCGUUUGGCGAGGUAUUUCGGAGGAUAGGAGUGGCAAGCGGUGAUGUGAAGUCCCUCAGCUUUACAGCAGGCUCCUGGAAUGCUGCCUCGGGUCUGCAAGAAUGGCACUUGGACUCCCUAACAAACCUGCAAACGCUGCAGCUGGUUGACAACAACUUCACUUCCUUCCCUCCUGCUCUGCUGACGAAUACUCCCAAACUCGAGUUUUUUAGAUUUAUAGGAAAUCGGGUGGGCAAUCUCCCGCACACCAUGUUUGCAAGCACACCGAAUCUCGUCAUGGCAGAGCUCGGGAGCAACGAACUCACCAGUGUACCUGAAGACCUCUUCGCCAACCUCACGAAGCUGCUCAAUGUUAGUCUCUGGAACAACCAGUUGACUGAUAUACAGGGAAGCUUAUUUUCAGACAUCACAGGUCUCAGAUUUCUAGACCUGAGAGACAACUUCCUGAGUGACAUCACAAACAGGCAAUUUCAAGGAAUGAAACUGUUAAAAAGACUCAACCUUGGAGGGAAUCAAAUCAGCAGUUUGAACAAGGAUUCGUUUAGGGAUCUCAGGAGCUUGGAAGAACUAGAGCUUCAUUCGAACUGGCUUGAAAACUUACCCACAGGCAUCUUUGAUAACCAGAGGCUGAUGCAGAAACUGAUCCUGAGCAACAACAGUUUGAGUGAAUUGCCAGAUAGAAUAUUCCAAAAAUGCGAAUCAUUAAAAAUGCUUGAUCUGAGUGUUAAUAAUUUGCAGCACAUUGAAAAGUCACAGCUUCCGACUCAUAAAUCUUCUCUAACAUAUCUCAAUUUGGGAAGCAACAAUGUAUCAUUUCCUGAAUAUAGAAAUGGCUCUGGGAACAGUUUUAUCCCAUAUGACUUCCCUCUCACUAAUCAGUUGGAGCUGCAACACAUUUUCCUAGACAACAACAGGAUCACCGAAAUACCCUCAUCAUUUAACAUUUUGUUUGUUGAUCUCAAAACCAUUGACCUUUCUGGGAAUUUGAUCCGUUUCUUGGAUUAUUUCUCCAUGCGCUUCCUCUCAGAAGGUGUCAAACUGAACUUGAAAAAUAACUUAAUAAAGACAAUCAGUCUACGUCGCUUGAAAGUUUUUUCACCUAAGGAUAUAAAGAAUGUUACAUUGUCACUUGAGGGAAAUCCACUUGUAUGUAACUGUUUACUUUACAUAUUUACAAAGAUUAUUCAGGAAAAGUCAGAAUUAACUAGUAAGAUCAUAAUUAAUGAUGCUGAUAAAGUAACAUGUACCAACUUAGAAAACAGGACAAUGUAUGUGAAGACACUCGAUUUCAAAAGGCUGUCUUGCAAACUGGAGCAAUGUUUGGAUAAUUGUACUUGCUCAUGGCGUUCACAUGAUGAGAUGUUGGUUGUAGACUGUUCUUUCAAAGAUAUGAAAGAAAUUCCCAUACCAAGCAAGGACAUGUAUGACCUCAAAAAGUAUUCCGUAACACUAAACCUGAUGAACAACAGCAUCGCAGAUCUUGACGGCCUUAACCAUCCCUUUUACACCAGAUUGGCAAACCUUACCAUUCCCUACAACAAAAUCUCCCACUUCAAUAAGUCAGACCUUCCAGACAGCUUAAAAGUCUUGGACGUGCGAGGGAAUAACCUGACUUUCUUAUCAGCCCCUACUCUUGACCACUUCAAUGUAACAGCCAUGACCCUUAGCCUUGGAGAUAAUCCCUGGACUUGCAAUUGCGACACGAUUGACUUCUUCACCUUUCUGCAAGUCCCUGAGAGAAAGGUACUGGACUUCAACAACAUAAAGUGUGCCGGUGAUGGUGAGGAGCUGUUAAGCAUCAAUGAGUAUACCAUCUGUCCGUCCUUCAGGCAACCCAUGGUUAUUGUAACAAUCGUGCUCAUCACAGUUUUUCUUCUCCUGUUUGCUGUUCUUGGUACAAUGAGUUUCUAUAAAUACAAGCAAGGCAUCAAAGUGUGGUUGUUUACACAUCGUAUGUGUCUUUGGGCCAUAACAGAGGACGAAUUAGAUGCUGACAAGAAAUAUGAUGCUUUCAUCAGCUAUUCUCACAAGGACGAAGAAUUUGUCAACACAGUCUUGGUGCCAGGACUGGAGACGGGCCACCCCAAGUACCGUAUUUGCCUUCACUACCGCGACUGGAUCCCAGGAGAAUACAUCCAGAAUCAGAUCCUGCAGAGUGUAGAGGACAGCCGUCGAACUAUUGUGGUGCUUUCAUCGAAUUUCAUUGAGAGCGUGUGGGGCCAGCUCGAGUUCAAGGCCGCUCACUCACAGGCUCUGCAGGACAGAACUAACAGGAUAAUAGUCAUUGUGUAUGGCCAGGUCCCUCCCGAGAGCGAACUGGACGAGAAGUUACGCCUGUACAUCUCUAUGAAGACUUACGUCAAGUGGGGAGAUGCAAAGUUUUGGGAAAAGCUUCGGUAUAUCAUGCCACACCCACAAGAACUUACACAGAAGAAAAAGCAACAUUGCAAAAAUGCAGAUAAGCUUGAACUUGUUAAAUCAAACUCGAAAAAUGUAUAACGCCAGUUUAAGCAAAACGUGUGUGUUUGCACGAGUAGCUGGACUAAGGUCUUCAACAGUGAUGACUCAGAGGUGUUCUAGAUAUGAAAAAGAGAUUUAUAUAUUGACAGAUGAAUAUAUAUAUAUUUAUUUAGAAAAUUAUAUGGACUAUCCCAACAAUUCCUCAGAUAGUGGGAAUGCAGAUACAAAUGUUGUAUGCAGCUAAAUUUGUUACAACAUUGACUGUACUACUGGUUGUACUUUUGCCGCUUGGCUGUGAUGUUUUAUAACCAGGUACUUAUGUAUAUAGCAGGUUUAUGAAUAUGUAUAUCAUUCACCUUUCAUUUUCAUCUACAACUGAAAUGCCAUUCAUUAAACAUUUUUCAUGAGUAUUAUGGUCUUGUAUCGUUUAAGUUAUUUUUAUGGUAAACAAUUGGAAUCUCGUACAAGAGAAUGGAAAAAAAAAUUGUUUUGUCUAAAAGGUUAAUCUCAUAUUUUGCACUUGAAUUUUUACAGCGCUUUCAUUAUUCAAUAACAUACAGUGCAGUCCAAUUUUGUGCUUUUUUCAGCUUUUUGAUACUGGGACUUGCAUAGGUAGUGCUGAGUAAAUAACUGCUUCAAACUAAUUUUCUGAUUAUGACUCUUUUUAAAAGAGUGAAAGAGCUGGUCUGCAAGAGCUGUGGUCAGUAGAUUAGAAAAGUCUGAAAUGGUUUAAGGUCUUAAGUUACUGUAUGGUAUACAGAACGAGCAACUCUUAAAAAGCUUGACCAUGCAAAUUUCUUGAUAGCAUAAGCAAGGGAGCAACAUAAUGCCCGAUAGAUAGAAGUGAAAAAUGUUAGAGAGCAAGCCCAUUCAUAAAGGCUUUCAUCAAGGCUUCCAGUAUUAUCCAAGCAAGGGACCAGUGUAUGACUUUUCUGUAAUAUGGGCAGGACCAUUAUAUCUGAAUAAAUAAUGAAAAAUU